CGAGCGGUUGCCAUUCCGGACUAAAGCCGUGUACCUAGUAUAAAAACGUUGAAAACGUACAAACCUUACUCUUUGGUGAAAAUAAUAUAUUUUGUGACUAUAAAAUUUUAAUUCGGUGGCAAUCAAUAAUAUGAAAAUAUAAAUAUUUAUAUUUGCAAUAUAAUAAUUUCCUAAAACACAAGGGUGAAAUCGAUUGUAAGAAAAAUGAGAAGAUCAUCUAAAGGCAUUUUACAAUCUCAAACGUCAGAACCAGUAGUUAUAGUCAAUGUUCAAGAAAAUGAAGAGAAUUCGCCUGAAAAAAAAAGUUUUUCCACGAGUUCCGCAGAUGAGUCCCCUUUAAUGAAUCCCUAUUUAUUAUCGCCCUUUAUGAGAGAUGUACGAAAACUAUCAUUACCAUCCCCACAAUGCAGUGGCAUUACUGCAAGUCAAGUACGUAGAUUAUCAGAAAGGGGCGAAACGACUGGCCCAGGACCUCGGCAAGCUGAAUUCUUGGCUACUUUAUCUACAGCUCAACAACCUACUCCAGGUGGUCGCAGACAUUCUGUUGUUACCAUAUCUAAGGUACCAACAUCUUUCUUUGGUAGAAAUAGACGAGAGUCAGUGGCAUCUUUUCCAUGCCCUUCUGGAAGAGUUCUUCCGAAUAGACGAGAAUCAAUAGCUUGUCCACCUUCUACCGAAAAUAGAGGUAGUGUCCAUAACUUACAAUUAGAUAUAAUGGAUGAUAUUGUUCAAUCUCGAAAAGUUAGAAUGAAGUUAUGGAAUACAAGUAGCGAAAAGUUGUGUGAAGUUCAGCCUCUGGAUCAAACUGGUGGUAUCCAACGCUAUACAAAUUCAAGCAGAAGAUUUUCUGAUUUUGUAGGCACCACUCUUGCCCCUAUACCCAGUUCCAAAACGCGACGCGCAUCUGAACUACCCCAAGCAGCUGGUUCAUCCAAUACUUCAAAUUCCACAAGUAAGAAACCUAAUAUUGGGAUAAUUUGCUCUAAUAAUGAUCUUAUCUCUAUUUUAUCUCCUCUAUCCACAUCUGCGUCUGAACUUAAUCAGAGUGAACGGAAUCAAACAAAAGAAGAUCCUUUGAAAAACUGGAGUUUACAUCAAAAGCGAAGUCGAUUGAAGAGUAACAGGUCUAUUAGUUUUGAUAUUUCUUUUUUACAUGGUACAGCUAUUAAUAUUAAUGAAAACAAAACUUUCUCUCCUCCUAACAAUUGGUUCGUAAAACGUCAUCAGCUUAAAUCAAAAAUUGAAGACAAUAAAUCCACAUCAACAGAAAAUGUGGAUGUGGUUGAUACUGAACCUGGAAAGGUUGUGUGGGACGAACGAAGUGGAUCUCUUGUAAACGCACAUGUUUUAGGAAGUGCCAUAGAGGACUUCUUAAAAUAUACGUCUCCAGAAACUACUUUAAAGACUUCUAGUAACAUUGAAUUAAACAAAACAAAAGGCAAUAGAAGUACAAAAGCUAAUUGGUUUGCAAAGGGUGAUGAUGAUUUACCAGACACCUGUGACUCUUCACUCUGCUCCACCUUAAAAGACUUAUUUGUAAAGUAAUUGUUUUUCCCGCCUUGCUGGCAUUCUGU